AUGAUGAACACAAAUCAUAAAAAGAAGAUCAAAGAAGGAAAAUUGCGUCAUCAAAUGUGGGCGAAGUGUGAACAAUCACUUGAAGAACAGAUUGCGAUUGGGGUGAAGAACUCUCAAGCGAUGUUAUCUGUUGAUGGCAAAUCAUUUGCCUUGAUUUGUUAUCGUUCAGCUAUUAGUCGUAUUAGUUUCAUUUGUUAA